AUGCCGACAGAAGUCACGCAGUCUUUGCACUUCCGUACCCUCCUCUCGGGACACACGUACCUCAUCGCGGAUUUCUACGCGACAUGGUGUCCGCCUUGCAAGACCAUCGCCCCCAUCUACAACCAGCUCAGCACCACCCACGCCCAAUCAGGCAAGUUCGCGUUUGUCAAGGUCAAUGUCGACGAAGCACGGGAGAUCGCCGCGCAGUACGGCAUCCAGGCCAUGCCGACAUUCUUGCUGUUCAAGGACGGGAAGCAGAUCGAGGAGAUCAAGGGCGCUGACCCGCGGAAGCUGAAGACGGUGAUCGAGCGUGCCAGUGCGGACCUGAAGGGCAGCGGUGGAGCAGCGCCAAAAGCGCAAGAGGAGAAGCCGAUAGCUGAGGACAAGCCAGUGCCGGAGAAGAAGGCGGCCAGCAAUGGCGAUGGCUUAAGCAUGCUCGAGAGAUUGAUGCAGAAGAACAAGUAG